GUUAGGCGCGGCGUUGGCCCGUCUCUCGCUUGGCGGACUUCCGCGCGGCAGAGGAGCAGAUCGAUAGCGACUUCAAAGAGGAGGUUAAUGGCUGUCCAGCGGCGGGAGAUCCUGGAGCAGCUAGAUAAGCUAGACGAGCUGGAGAUACAGCAGGCCGGCAGCACGGCGGCGCUGGCGACGGGGGCGGGCCAGGCCGAGGGCUCGGGGGGCGCAGGGGUCGCCGGGGUUGGUCCGCCAGGUGCGCUGGGCGUGAGUGGGGCGGGAGGGGCUACGGGUUCGGGGGGGCCGACGGCCACUCUGCAGCAGCAGCAGCAGCAGCACCAGCACCAGCCGCCGCAGCAGCACCAACAGCACCAGCACCCCCAGCAGCAGCAGACUCCGCCGCAGGUGACCGGGGCACCCACGGCGGGGCCGUUGGCGUUGGUGCCAGCCGCCACCACGGGGAUGGGGCUGGCCACCGGGCUGCUGCCGGCCGCCGGGGUGCUGGCGGCGGCGCAGCUGCCGAAGGCCCUUGCGCCAAGCCUACCCGUGUUCCAGGGCAGGGACGAUGGGCCGCGGGGCGUCAAGCGGCCUAACCCGGUGGACGAGAUCGUUCACCAGGGUGCCUCCUUCUCUCAGAUGGUGGCCACGCUGCCCUUGCUGGGCGACGUCGCGAAGGCCCUCCACUUCGUGUCGCCAACCAGCAACCAGUUCCGCUUCGGCCAGGCCGCCGGAGCCCAAGUCGCCGAGCUCGUCGCCGAGGCGGCCACUUUAGGUACGGCGGCAGGAGCCAUCAGCGACCCCAGCGCUCAGGCGUCCCUGGCUCGGUGCGAGAGCGAGCUGCUCCGCUCCGCCGUGGAGGCGCAGGCGACACAACUGCGCCUGACGAGGUACACCACGAAGGUGCCAUGGAAGGACGCGGUGGACUUCGUCAAGCACGCAAACCCGCAGACCGUCACCGUCGUCGAUGCGCUGGCGGGACUGUCGGACAGCAUGCUCAGCCACCUCCUCAAGCCGGCGGGCGCAGGGGCGGCGGCGGGGCCAGCAGGGGCGCCGCCGCCGCCCCCGGCGCUGGGCGCCGCCGCCGCAGCGGCGGGCGCGGACGCCCACAACUGCCACGCGUGCCACCGCCCGGGCCACAACUUCACUCAGUGCCCGGCCCUGGCGGACCUGCGCCGCAGCAACCCGCAGCUGUACGACAACGUCAUCGCACAGAUACGGCAGGGCGCCGCCGCCGCGGCCCCCCGGCGCUAGCUACCAGCGGCUUCCGCAGAG